GGAGCGGUGUCUUGGGAGACCCCGAUAGGAAGUUUCCCGCGGCUGCAGCUCUCGACUUCAGUGCUGGCUUAGGCGAAGCGUUUUCUUCACGCUCUGACAGCUGGGCGAGCAGCAGCAACAACAGCCAUGAGCAACAAGUACGAUGUGGUUGUCGUCGGAGGAGGCAUCUCAGGUAUGUCAGCAGCCAAGUUGUUAUCCGAAUCUGGACUUAAUGUUGUGGUUUUAGAAGCUCGUGACAGAGUUGGGGGACGAACUUUCACAAUUAGAAACGAACAAGUGAGCUAUGUAGACGUUGGUGGAGCCUAUAUAGGACCAACUCAGAAUCGAAUUCUGCGACUGGCUAAAGAACUUGGUAUAGAAACAUACAAAGUGGAUGUAGUUAAGAGGAGUAUCCUACAUAAAAAUGGAAAAUCCCAUCCAUUUCUGGGUGCCUUUCCUGCACAGUGGAAUCCUUUAGUAUAUCUGGAUUUUAACAACUUUUGGAGAACCAUGGAUGAAAUGGGGAAAGAGGUAUGCUGGAAUUCCUGCUUUUUUUUUUCUGCUGAAGCACCCUGGGAUGCCCCACAUGCUGAAGAAUGGGACAAAAUGUCAAUGAAACAACUAAUUGACAAAAUUUGCUGGACAAAAGCUACCAGAGACUUUGCUCUUCUCUUUGUGAACAUCAAUGUCACUUCUGAAUCACAUGAGGUCUCUGCUCUCUGGUUCCUGUGGUAUGUCAAGCAGUGUGGAGGAACAACCAGGAUCUUCUCUGUAAGCAACGGUGGACAGGAGAGGAAAUUUGUUGGGGGUUCUGGACAAAUUACAGAAAGAAUAAUGGAACAACUCAAAGGGAAAGUUAAGCUGGAGAGACCUGUAGUCCGCAUCGAUCAGUCAGGUGAUAAUGUCAUUGUGGAGACAUUAAACCAUGAGACAUAUGAGGCCAGUUACGUGAUAAGUGCUAUACCACCAAUCUUAACCCUAAAAAUUCAUUACAAGCCAGAACUGCCAGCAAAAAGAAAUGAGUUAAUCCAACGGCUUCCAAUGGGCUCUGUUAUUAAGUGUAUGAUGUACUACAAAGAAGCUUUUUGGAAGAACAUGGAUUUCUGUGGCUGCAUGAUGAUUGAGGAUGAAGAGGCUCCAAUUUCAAUAACUUUGGAUGACUGUAAACCUGAUGGAUCGGUACCUGCCAUUAUGGGCUUUAUCCUUACAAGAAAAGCCUUUAGACUAGCAAAUCUUAGUGUCGAGGAGAGAAAGAGAAAAAUCUGUGAACUAUAUGCAAAAGUGUUGGGAGCAGAAGAAGCUUUACAUCCAGUGCACUAUGAAGAAAAAAACUGGAGUACAGAACAAUAUUCUGGUGGCUGCUAUACAGCCCGUUUUCCACCUGGCAUUAUGUUCCAAUAUGGAAGGGUAAUUCGUGAGCCAGUUGGUAAGAUCUACUUUGCUGGCACUGAAACAGCUACCAAAUGGAGUGGCUACAUGGAAGGGGCAGUGCAGGCUGGAGAGAGAGCAGCCAGAGAGAUAUUAUAUAGCAUGGGGAAGAUUUCAAAGAAUGAAAUUUGGGUAACGGAACCAGAAUCAACGGAUGUCCCAGCUCUACCAGUUACUACAACAUUUUUGGAAAGAAUCUUGCCAUCUGUUCCAGGACUGUUGAGAUUUCUUCGAUUUUCCUGUUUCUUCACUUCAGUGGCUGCAGCUGGCCUCUUUGUCUUUAAAAGGGGGCGUACUUUUCAGAAGUGUACCUAAAGCAACAGUUUAAAUCUUUGCCUUUAUGCUUGUGACUGCUAUUUUUGGAGCAAAGUAUUUCAUGUCUUCUUUGGAACACCUGAAUCAACACGUCAAAACCAGUUUAAUCAGUAUUGUUUACAAUCUCAGAAUACACAAUAGUGAAUCAAUGGAGGUUUCUGUUUUCUUUCUGCAUUGACUUUUCUUGAUUGACGGAAUAAAGUCACUGGUCUGCCCGCCCCCUGCCCCCACUCCCCUUUGAUUGUCAUGAAAUCAGACUUUGAAAUUUUCA